GAGGUCUGUGCUCAUACUUGUGGAUUGGGCUGCUCAGCCAACAGGUCCUACGAUUCAACGGUAUGCAAGUCCCCUUGUGACUUCGACUGAACAACACUAUUGUGUGUCUGAUCGAACCGCUUCUUUCGUUCAUCCGACAAAACAGGCUCGAAAUCUCAAUUCCAUGGGAACGAUGCACCUUUCACUUCGCCUAGGUUUUCUGGCUGCCAUUGCUUCGUGCACCACAACAUGCCUCCCCAGCCCAAGGGUCGCAAUACCCGAAAAGACCACGAUUCCAGACGCUUCUCCUACACAAACUACUUUCAAUGGCCCGUGGAUGCCAUCAAACCGUAACUAUGGGCUGUUCGACCGCCCAUUGCCUCCUCCGCUUUUCGAUGGCAAUGUCCUUCAGAUGGUGCUUUGAAAAUGCAGGGAGUAGAUUCUUAGAGCAGUGGCCACAGCACCUGAAACCCAGAGUACAUCGAUUCGCUGUCUCGGGGAGCUCUUGCAGCACUUUCUGGAAGGCACAGGCCAGAGUCCUCUGGCAGGUUAACAGGAAUAGUUGGCAGGCCGCUGAGCCUAUGUCAAACCCGGUUCUCCACUUGUCAAACUGCAUGGUUAUGCUGCUCGGCGUGCUACGGAGUCUCCAGUUUGCAUCAUAAAACCGCGGUGACCGCCAUUCGUCCGUGGCCCUAGAUGUCGUUUUCAUUGAGAAUGCUGCCUAUACAGGCUGUUCUCGCGUUCGACAGUUAAUGCGAGGCAGGCAGAACAGCGACUUCAAGGUGGUCCUGCAGCAUAAGCCUCGCAAUCACGACCUACCACGCAUCAGAUUUCGACCAUCAAGCACGACUCCAGCUCAGCCUUGUCCAUUAUCCAUGAUGGGCGCGCAAGUUGAGCAGCAUGAUUUUCACAUGCUUCGACCUUGCUGGAGGAGCCACCAAUGACAUAUUCCAGUGGGUCUGGCCCCCAGAACAGAGAAAGAAAUGCACCCUACCUUGAACGGUACCUGCAUAAUGACGUCCGCAGUUGUAAUAUCUUCUCAUUUCUGCAGAGUAGGAUUCGAAUUAUUAUUUCGAGCAGCCGACUCUCAUCUUGUUGUCGGCCUGGUCCCAUCCCUGUGACAAGCUACAAGACAUGGCCUUCAGUCCUUUUUUCUGGCUCUACACCAUUCUCCAAUGGGUCCUCGACAAGAUAUUUUCACCCUACCCACCACCUCCUAACGCACACCUUCGACGUCCUAAAAUUGCGGUAAUUGGUGCCGGACUCACCGGUGUCUCCGCGGCAGCUCACUGCGUUGGCCAUGGCUUCGAGGUAACUAUUUUUGAAGCCGAAGAUGAAAAGCACGUCGGCGGGAUAUGGACACACGUGAACACGACAUCUGGUCUCCAAAUUCACAGUGUCAUGUAUCGAUUCCACCCUUCUGUUCAAUGGACUGGAGGAUACCCGCAGCAACACCAGAUCGUCGAUCAAGUUCAGCAAUUGUGGCACAGGUACGAACUCGACCAGAGAACCAUCUUUAAUACAAAGGUCGAGAAAGUCUACAAGGACAAGCAAGGCAGGUGGAUCAUCAACAAUCCCUCGAACGGCCGGUUUGAUGGGAUCAUACCGGCUAUUGGGACCUGCGGGGCUCCAAAGAUGGCUCACUUACCUGGCCAAGAGACCUUCAAGGGAGACAUUUUCCAUUCUUCGGCCUUGGACGGCAAAGAUGCGCACGGGAAGAGGAUCCUCAUUGUUGGAGGCGGCGCAAGUGCGGUCGAAGCAUUGGAGUGGGCGGUUAACACAGGAGCUGCAGAAAUCAAGGUGCUGGCAAGAUCUGACAAGUGGAUUAUUCCACGAAACGCACUUGUGGAUGCACUCCUUGCCUUCAACAUUUUUGGUCAAGAAACUCUGCUCUCAUGGAUCCCCGAGAACCUCCUGCGCAUAUUCUUCUACCGCGACCUCAGAGACGUAGCGCCGGCAGAUCAAGGCCUGUUCACUGAGACUCCCAUGGUCAAUUCGGAGAUCUUCAAGCAAAUACGGGCCGGCAAAGCAGCUUGGGUACGAGGGGACAUUGAAGAGGUCCGUGAGAACGGCAUCUUCUUCAAUCAACGGGCAAAGGGUGUACCUAAAGGAGGACCCGGACGGCAUAAGCUGGUCGAGGGAGAUAUGAUCAUCAUGGCGACAGGUUACAAACGUCCAAGCCUUGACUUUUUGCCCGACGAGGUCUUCGCUGACGGCUACCAACCUCCACGAUGGUUUAUACAAUGCUUUCCUCCGGCUGCGCCUUCAAUUUGUGCGAUCAAUUCGACCUAUGUAUCUGCUAUUGGAACUGUUGGCAAUUAUCACAUUGGGAUCUACACGCGAAUGCUCCUGAUGUUCCUCGUUGAUCCUUUGACGACUCCUCGGACUUGGUGGAUGAAGCGAUGGGUGGACUUUACCAGUACGAUCAAGUCGUUGGCUCCGACGAAAGCAUUCGACUUCUUCACUUACUCGGAGCUGCUCUACUGGUUCUGCUUCAUCACGCUGAUCAACCCGUUUCGAUGGAAGUGGGCGCUUUUUGUGUUCUUCGGCAUUGGGAAAAACUUGCCCGCCAGCAUUGUGGAGCAAGAAGACAAGCUGAGGAACGGACUGGGAUUCAGCAAAGAUAACCAUUAUGAUUAGUCCCUAGAUAGUUACGUAGUUCGACAGCUUAAAGCGAAUCUGCGCGCGUACUGCGUACCCGAAAGA